AUGCUACCCCCAGAUCAGUUGACACAACAGGCCAAGAAACGGAGAGCAGAGGAGGAUGCAGAGAAGGAAAAACAACGCAAACAGCACGAAGCAGAGUACCGAAAGAAGGUUUUGCAAGAUGAACAAAAUUCCAAUCAGGCAACGGAGGACAAGGACGAAACGGAGGACAAGGAGGUAGAACAAACCUUAUGGUCGCCUGAAAUACAGCAGGUAGUCGAGAACAAGGUCAAGUCCUUUUUUGGAUGGGUUGAGAAGCCAAAGAAGGCCUAG